GGCGCCGCCGAGGGGACCGGCCGCCGCGGCGAGAGCGCGCCAGCCCCGCCGUGAUGCCCGCGCGCCCCGGACGCCUCCUCCCGCCGCUGCCCCGGCCGCUGGCCCUGGCCGCGCUGCCGCUGCUGCUGCUGCUGGGCCAUGGCGGCGGGCGCGGGGGCGCCUGGGCCCAGGAGCCGGGGGCGGCGGCGGCGGCGGCGGCGGACGGGCCCCCACCGGCCGACGGCGAGGACGGGCAGGACCCGCACGCCAAGCACCUGUACACGGCCGACAUGUUCACGCACGGGAUCCAGAGCGCCGCGCACUUCGUCAUGUUCUUCGCGCCCUGGUGUGGACACUGCCAGCGGCUGCAGCCCACUUGGAAUGACCUGGGAGACAAGUACAACAGCAUGGAGGACGCCAAGGUCUACGUGGCUAAAGUAGACUGCACAGCCGAGUCAGAUGUGUGCUCCGCCCAGGGGGUCCGAGGAUACCCCACCUUGAAGUUUUUCAAGCCUGGCCAAGAAGCUGUGAAGUACCAGGGUCCUCGGGAUUUCCAGACACUGGAAAACUGGAUGCUGCAGACGCUGAAUGAGGAGCCUGCGACACCAGAGCCAGAAGUCGAACCGCCCAGAGCUCCUGAGCGCAAGCAGGGACUGUAUGAGCUCUCAGCAAGCAACUUUGAGCUGCACGUCGCACAAGGCGACCACUUUAUCAAGUUCUUCGCUCCGUGGUGUGGUCACUGCAAAGCUCUGGCUCCAACCUGGGAGCAGCUGGCUCUAGGCCUUGAACAUUCUGAAACUGUCAAGAUUGGCAAGGUCGACUGUACGCAGCACUAUGAACUCUGUUCAGGAAACCAGGUUCGUGGCUAUCCCACUCUUCUGUGGUUCCGAGAUGGUCAAAAGAUUGACCAGUACAAAGGCAAGCGGGAUUUGGAGUCCCUGAGAGAGUAUGUGGAAUCACAGCUGCAGAGCACGGAGCAGGGAGCCCCGGAGGCCGUCGAGCCGUCAGAGGCCCCAGUGCCAGCCACUGAGCCCGCGGCCAAGGGCACCCUGUUGGCACUCACGGAAAAUAACUUCGAUGACACGAUCGCAGAAGGAAUAACCUUCAUCAAGUUUUAUGCUCCAUGGUGUGGUCAUUGUAAGAAUCUGGCUCCUACUUGGGAAGAACUCUCUAGAAAGGAAUUCCCUGGUUUGGCAGAGGUCAAGAUUGCAGAGGUGGACUGUACUGCGGAACGGAAUAUUUGCAGCAAGUACUCGGUACGAGGCUAUCCCACAUUGCUGCUUUUCCGCGGAGGGAAAAAAGUCAGUGAGCACAGUGGAAGCAGAGACCUUGACUCGCUGCACCACUUUGUCCUGCGCCAGGCAAGGGAUGAGCUGUAAAACCCAGUCCCAAGUCGCCCGGCCACCCGUGCCCAGGGUGUGGGAGCUGAAUUGUGCAGGUGUGGAGUUUCACGUGGUGGUUUUUCAGAGAGCUGAAUGUACUAAACUUGUGGUAUCUUCUUUGUGUGUGUGAUUUUUAAGGCAACACACUCUACAAAUUCUUUAAGUUUCUCUAAGUAAACACGUAACUCAUGAUCCCUUCACAAACAAUAUUUUCAGUGGCGAUCUGUCGUCCCCUUUACCUUUCUCUUGAUGAAUCUAAAUGGUUUCCUUUGAGACUAAAAUAGAGUUGAGAAAAAUCAAAUUGCUCAACUA